GUUGAACUUCCCACACCAACCACAACCACUGGUGAACAAGACCUCAGCGCAGGCAGGUCUCGCAUUGAGAACUCACUUGACUUCUUACAGCCACCUGUCUAGUUCAUCUUGGAAUAACUCCCUCUGCACCCUCCGAGAACAACCCUCCCUCAUCCCCACAUAUAUUCAUCCAACAAGCCCCUCUACAGGUGGCCUUCCUGCGACUUACCUAUCCUUCCUCAGCCUUACCACCUCUCUCUCCACCGGUCUCCCCUCCACUCAACAUGGCAGAAUCCCAUCCAUCUGGGGGUCCGCUGGACGAUAAGACGCACUCUGACUCGGAUAAUGAUGAACAGACCCCACAGUCGCCCGGUGCUGCAGAAGGCUCUGCCGCACCUUCUGCUUCAAAAUCCAAGAAAAACAAGAAACGAUCUAAGAAGUCGAAACUUCUCUCAGCAGCGACAGGCGACAAGUCCACCGAGUCUGGAGAAGCCUCAUCAUCCACGUCAUCCACUAAACCUGCCGCUAAACUAUCCGACGAGUCCAUCAAAACUCUGCUCGACAUCAACCCCUCAUUAAAAGGCGAACUCGCCGGCCUGUCUCCCGACAAGGCUCAGGAAGUUCUGAAAAAGCUCGAUGUGUCCGAGUUGCUCACUGGCUUGUCCCUCAAUGGUAAGAACCAAAAGGAUAUGGCGUCCUACAAAUUCUGGAGCACCCAGCCCGUCGUGCGUUUUGAUGAACAACGCGACGCAGCAAUUCCCGACGGCCCCAUCAAACCUGUUAUCCCAGAACUCGUUCCCAAGGAGGCCGCCCCUUUGCCCGAAGGCUACGAAUGGGUCGAAUUAGACUUGAACGAUGGCACCGAAGUCAAGGAAGUCUACAAUUUACUAUCUCAUCACUAUGUCGAAGACGAUCACGCCAUGUUCCGUUUCAACUAUUCCGCCGUCUUCUUGGACUGGGCACUGAAAUCACCAGAGUGGAAGAAGAGCUGGCAUAUUGGUGUCCGCGCUAAAGGGGCCAGUCGCUUGUUGGUUGCCACAAUCUUUGGUAUUCCCAUCAAACUCAAGAUUCGCGAGAAUGUUUUGGAUGUCGUUGAGAUCAAUUUCAUGUGUGUUCACAAAAAGCUGAGGUCAAAACGCUUGGCCCCUGUUCUCAUCAAGGAGGUCACCCGGAGAUGUCACCUAGAUGGAAUCUACCAGGCCAUCUACACCGGCGGUGCCAUUCUCCCCACCCCUGUGGGAAGUGCCCGAUAUUUUCACAGAAGUCUCGAUUGGUUGAAGUUGUAUGAGGUUGGCUUCUCCCCCCUCCCGCCAAACACCACCCAAGCAAAGAUGGUGGUCCGCAAUCAACUCCCCACUACGACCAGUGCCAAGGGCCUGAGACCAAUGCAAGAGAAGGAUAUUGACGCUGUCUACGACCUGUUGACCCGAUACCUCGCUCGAUUCGAGCUCAUCCAAGUCUUCACUAAAGCAGAAAUCAAACAUUGGUUUCUCAACAACCAAGACCCUCAGGAUCAGGUUGUCUGGUCUUACGUGGUUGAGCAAGAAGGUAAAAUCACCGACUUUGCAAGCUUUUACUGUCUGGAAAGCACCAUUAUUGGAGGGAAGAAGCAUGACAAGAUCCGCGCCGCCUAUCUAUACUACUAUGCCUCGGAUCAAGCGUUUAAUCCCAAGGAAAAGGGUCUCAAGGAGAGACUACAGGUUUUGAUCAAUGACAUGUUGAUCGAAGCCAAAAAGGUCAAGUUUGAUGUGUUCAAUGCUCUCACCCUCCAUGACAAUCCCCUUUUCCUCGAGUCUCUCAAAUUUGGUGCUGGAGACGGUCACCUGCAUCACUACCUGUACAACUGGAGAACAAAGCCGAUCAACGCUGGUGUCAAUGCGAAGAAUCAGCCGGACGAAAGCAAGAGAGGCGGUAUUGGCAUAGUCUUGCUGUAGUUGCAUGAUUCACGGCGACACACUCUUGGUGGCGUGACUCGGUUGAUAGCUUUGCAUGUAGACGGACCUGUGCAACAUGAGAAUAGCAUGGCUGAAAGAGAUUGAAGAUAUUUUGGAUCGACAAUUGAUCCAUGCUCGGAUGACUAUUUUCCCGUGGAGAGCACCCACUCCUUGUACGUUGUACAACUCCUGAGGUCCAUUGUCGAUAGUCAGGAGGAGAGAUAUAGCUACACUUGAUUGGAACCCCUGAUGGAGUCAAUCCUCACACAUACUUCGAGCAGUGCCAGAACAAGGAUUCGUUCUGUGAAUCCUUCCCACAUCCUUAGGAUGCACGCCCAGACUCCGAGAGAUAUGAAAUAUAUGUACAACACGAAUCCAAAGUCAGC